AGCGUGAGCGCGCGCGCGCAGUAAAAUCCUAACGUUCGGACUUUUUUGUGUUAAAAUAUAUAACGGACACUUGGACAGACUCCGAGUGAUUCCACACACGUCGACUCUGCACCCACACAAAGUUACUAUAUACUCUCGACAUUUAUCGUAUGUGUAUGUGUGCAUGUGCUGCCUGCCAGAUGUAUGUGCGUAUAUACUAUAUAUAUAUGCCCCAACCAGCAGAACUGCGAGAACUUUUAUCGUUAACGCGCGCGCGGGAGGGUUAAUGACUCACUCGUAAUAUACACAGCAGCAGCAGCAGCAGCAGUCCUGAGGAAUUGCACUUCUCUCGUUCUAUACGUUCGUUUGUGCGUGAGUGAGUGUGUUUGUGCUUACACAAUAUAAAUAAGUAUAUCCGCCCUCUCUGCCUGCCUGCCUGCCUCUCGUUCACUCUCGCCGAGGCAUAUAUAUAUUAUUCCAAAAGGGUGGAGCUGCAGUUCGAUCAUCCUGGAAGCUGCCGUCCUUUGAAAAAACAAAACAUCGUCUUCUGGGUCUGUUUGAAAGAUCUAAAAGAGAGAGAGAAGAAAACAUUGUCGUGUAUUUCAACAACUUGAUUACAUUUGUGCUGUAAACUUGGUGCUAGUGCAAUUUCAUAGAGUUCAAGAUAUUAGAAAGAAAUCAUUGUCAUUCAAUUGACUCAGUUGUAUAAGUUCCCAAGCAUGUCGUCAAAGGCAAAUUCUGAGGCUCUGCCUGUUCAGGCCCAAUCGAGCAGCAGUGAUACAAAUAUGUGUCUGGAAUUAGCCCUGGAGGGUGAAAGUUUAUGCAAAGCCGGUGAUUGCAGGUCUGGAGUUGCAUUCUUCCAAGCAGCCAUACAAGCUGGUACAGAUGACCUGCGUACACUCAGUGCCAUUUACAGCCAGCUAGGCAACGCUUAUUUCUACCUCGGCGAUUAUGUAUCAGCUAUGCAAUACCACAAGCAUGACCUUACUUUAGCCAGAUCUAUGGGUGAUAAACUUGGUGAAGCCAAAUCUAGUGGCAAUUUAGGUAACACAUUGAAAGUCAUGGGCAAGUUUGAUGAAGCUAUGAUCUGUUGUAAACGUCAUUUGGAGAUUUCACGUGAGAUUGGUGACAAGCUUAGCGAAGGUCGGGCAUUGUACAAUCUUGGUAAUGUUUACCAUGCAAAAGGCAAACAGCAUGGCAGAAUAGGACACCAAGGUCCAGGUGAAUACUCUCAAGAAGUUAAGGAGUGCUUGCAGCAAGCUGUAAAGUACUAUCAAGAAAACCUCGAGCUGAUGAAAGAAUUAGGUGAUUCCGCAGCUCAGGGUAGAGCAUGUGGCAAUCUUGGUAAUACUUAUUACCUCUUGGGUGACUUUCAAAAAGCUAUUUUCUAUCAUAAUGAAAGACUUAAAAUUGCUCGCGAAUUUGGUGAAAAAGCUGCAGAGAGAAGAGCCAACAGUAAUCUUGGCAAUUCUCACAUUUUUUUGGGUGAAUUUGAGAAAGCAGCUCAACAUUACAGACGUACCCUUGUUCUGGCUCAAGAGCUCGGUGACCAAGCUUUUGAAGCCCAAGCAUGCUAUUCUCUUGGAAAUACUUACACUUUAUUAAGAGAUUAUCCUGCAGCCAUAGAAUAUCAUCUACGUCAUCUACUCAUAGCACAGCAAUUGAAGGACCGAGUUGGUGAAGGUCGUGCUUGUUGGUCGUUAGGUAAUGCAUACUCAGCUAUGGGCAACAACGAGCAAGCAUUAUAUUAUGCCAAACAGCAUCUUUCUAUAUCCAAAGAACUAGGUGAUACAAUGGGCCAAGCUACAGCUCAAAUGAAUGUUGUUGACUUACAGAAAGUACUGGGCAUCGAAAAAGUAGAUGAUGACAAGAAAAAUUUACUUAAUGCCGCUACAACAAACAUCAACUCUUCCUCUCCAGGCAGAUAUAGACUAAGGAGAAAAAGUAUGGAUAAUCUAGACCUAAUGAAAUUAACUCCGGAUGCCAAAGGCAAAAUUAAAGAAACAAACGAGCCCUUCCGUAUCAAAGGUGGAAACAAUCCUCAAGCAGAAGAAAAAAAAGAGGACGACGAAGACAACUUCUUCGAUCUUCUAUCCAGGUGCCAGUCCGGACGUAUGGACGAUCAGCGAUGCGAUCUUCGCCUCAACCGAGCGAGCGAAAACAACAGAAACGCCAACCAGAAUAAUCCUACCGAAAAAGACGAGGAAGACCUCAUGCAACUCAUCGCCGGCAUGCAGAGCAAACGAAUGGACGAGCAGCGCGUGACGUUACCCUAUCUGCCCGGGCUCAACACGAAUCGAAAUCGAGAAAACAAUCCAUCCGAAGACGACGCUUUCCUCGAGAUGUUAGCCAGGUGCCAAAGCUCCCGACUGGAGGAUCAACGCAGCCCACUGCCGAACUGUCCGGUUCUCAACGACGUCGACGAACAGGAGUCUCACCACCAGAACAAUGAAAACGCCUCAUCGGCCAACGCGACGGUGCCCGAAGAGGAUCUCUUCAAUCUCAUUCAAAGGCUGCAAGCCGGUCGUAUGGAGGAUCAGCGUGCUAAAGGUCCCAAUCGUAGCUAAAUGUAUAAAGACAAAAAAAAACUCGUUACGUUAACACUUCUCGAAUGAGCUUGGAUAUGACUUAGUCAAGAAAAAAAGAAAAACAACUCAACUCAAUCAUUGUAAUCUUCCGGUUCUCCAAGAUAGGCUAUUAUGAUAUUUGCAAAGUAGAAUUUUCUAUAUGUAUACGUACCGAGGAAUAGCCAAGUUUUUUGACUGCUAACGUUCAACUAAUUGCAAAAAAAUACUACGGAUAAUAAUCAUUGAAAACUGACUGAUUCAAGCACUGUUAAUAAAAAAUAGUGAUAUAUUUUCUGAUUGUGAUAUUACGACUGUCAGUGCACAAUAUUGCUCUAUGAAUUGUAAACGAGAAUUUUUUUUUUCGCCAGAUCAUUGAUUUGCAUUUUUUCAAUUAAACAGAUUUUCGAUAGGUACCGUGCAAACGCGUUGACUCGAAAACAUUAUCGUAUAUUUUAUAGCUGUAAAUUGAAUGGAGAGACUCAAGGAAUUUUAAAAAUAAUCAAAUGACACGAAACACGCUUAACACGUAGAUUAUAGAUAGUCGCUGUAAGUGAAUUGUGUUUCAAGAGCGUAGAAUUGUAUUGUAAGAAUUUUUCUGUUGAUUUAACGGAGAAAAACAAUCACUAAAAGAAACAUAACUCUGAAGUACCUUACGAACUUUUCAAAUGAUUAUCGACAUCUAGCUAAAAGUUUUUGUCAAAAAAAAAAAGAAAGAAGAAGAAGAAAUGUUACGAUAUGCAAGUAUAUACACUCGAGUUGAUGAUUUUUCCAGUAUUCAAUAAAUAUAUACCUGUAACCGAGGUACACCGUAAUCUAGGUCUGUGGUGGUGUACUUCGGCCAAGAAGAAAAAGUAUUAUGAACGUGCACAAAGAUAGGUUCUCUUUUUAUUAAAAAACGAAAUUUUAGAUUCGAACAAAGUAAGGGUGGUGCGUGCAGAAAUUUUUUUGUAAAUAAAGCUACUGUACAUAGGACAACGUUAUAACCGCGCUGAAUUCAUUGCAGAACUUAGAGAUUUAUGUAAGAAAAAAAAAACAAAUAAAUUAUUUACUCGUCUAGAGCAUAAAUAUUAUAUUAUAUCUUAGCAUUCAGUAGAAAAAAAGGCGCCAAUGUUGAGACGCGUAUUCGUAUAAGAUAAAUCAUAAUUAUAUACUCAUAUACUCGACACCUGUAGCUUCCUCCGAUUGUAGAUCGACGCUCUGUCUUCUGAUUAUUCAAAUUAAAAGUGCUGUAGGAAGUGCGAGGACAUUGUGAACAAUUUUUUUUUUUUUUUUCAUUCGUUUAUGACGUAAACAAAAAAAAAA